UUACUUAAUAUUAAACAUUCGUAAAUUCUUAUUAAGCUAUAAAUCAUUCAUAAAUCAUUAAUAUUUAAUAUUAUUUAAUAUUACAAUGUAAUGUCAAUCAUUCAUUACUCGUAUAACUAAGUAUCACAUUAGUAAUUUAUUAAAUCUACUGAUUAGAUUAUAAUGCAAUAAAAUUUGAUUAAACCAACGUACACGCAUAAAAUACGAUAAUGUGUAUAUAAUACUCUUUGCUAAAAUUAUAGCUUACAGUUAUCAAUAUUUGUAAUCGUAAUCGUAAUAUAACAGAGUUUGACAUCACGGCAUCAAUGAUUCGCGGUAUUCGCACGUGAACAGUCGUGGGAUCAUUAUUUUUUAAAGUGUUCUGGCUCUUAUUAUCAUUGCGUUCGCCAGAACAACAUAACCUCUAACAAAAUAUGUUUCCGUCGAAGGAUCUAGGAAAAUCGGAUUAUAUCAGUUUAAAUAUCCAGGAUAGUGCAACAUUCUCGCGAGGAUCAUCACGUAGUCUCUGGAGGCAAUGGAAUCAAUUGUCAAGGUUUCAGAGAAAUAUUCUUUACUUUAUAGUCAUUACGAUCAUAUUAGUUAUAUUUUAUCUGUUACCUGGCGAUAACAAAAAUGGAGUUUUAGAUGAAAGUGAUUACAAUAACAUAGAGGUAGUGCAAGAUACUCCUAAAUAUGAAAAGCCAGUAGAAGAUAUUAUAGUAGAUAAUGUAAAUCAGGAACAUAAGGGAGGUGGAGAGGUCAUUGAGGAACCUGAAUUCCAACCAGAAAUAAAUCAGGUGGAUGAUGAUCAAAUUGGAGAACCACCUCAACCUAAGCCGAACACACUCAAAUUUAAUGGGCCACAAAAUAAUAGACAAAAAGCUGUAGUUGCAGCAUUUAAACAUUCAUGGAAUGGAUAUAAAGAAUAUGCUUGGGGAUAUGAUAAUGUGAAACCAAUAUCAAGAAAGUACUAUGAAUGGUUUGGCUUAGGGCUUACUAUAGUUGAUUCUCUUGAUACUAUGUACAUAAUGGGCUUAAAUAAUGAAUUUUUAGAAGCCAAACUAUGGGUUGAGAAAAAUUUAGUGUUUACUUCAAACAGAGAUGUUAAUUUAUUUGAAGUUACGAUUAGAGUAUUAGGAGGUCUAUUAUCCGCAUAUCAUCUUUCAGGUGACAAGAUUUUCUUAAGUAAGGCUACAGCGUUAGGAGAACGUAUGAUGCCAGCGUUUUCUACUUCAUCUGGUGUUCCUUAUUCCGACGUAAAUCUUGGUACUAAAACUGCACAUGGUCCUAAAUGGGGUCCUGAUAGUAGUACAAGUGAAGUUACUUCCAUUCAAUUGGAAUUUCGUGAUUUAAGUCGUAGUACAGGAGACCCUAAAUUCGAGGAAGCAGUAGCAAAAGUUUCGGAACAUGUACACCAGUUAGAAAAAUACGAUGGUUUAGUACCCAUUUUCAUUAACGCUAAUACUGGACAAUUUAGAGAUCAUGCAACAAUUACGCUUGGCGCUCGUGGUGAUAGUUAUUACGAGUAUUUAUUGAAACAGUGGCUUCAAACUGGGAAGACUAUUAAUUACCUACGAGAUGAUUAUCUGUUAGGUAUUGCUGGAACUCAAAAACACUUAGUAAAACGUACAGCAAUUAAUAAGUAUCUUUUCAUAGCAGAACUAGUUGGAGCACACAAAGAAAUAACACCAAAAAUGGAUCACCUUACAUGUUACUUGGGAGGUACAUUAGCUUUAGGAGUACAUCAUGGUUUAUCGUCUGAUCAUAUGGAUUUAGCUAAUGAAAUUGUAAAAACUUGUUAUCAAACGUACGCGAUUCAACCCACGUUUCUUGCUCCAGAAAUCACAUACUUCAAUACUGAGAACUCAAAUGAAGAAAAAUCAAUGGAUAUGUAUGUGAAGAUGAAUGAUGCACAUAAUUUACUCAGACCAGAGUUUAUUGAAAGUCUUUUCUACAUGUGGUAUUUUACUGGUAAUAAAACAUUUCAAGACUGGGGGUGGCAAAUAUUCCAAGCUUUUGAAAAUUAUACGAAAGUGGAAAAGGGGUACACCAGCAUUGGUAAUGUAAGGAUCGUUUAUAAUACACCACAAAAAGAUAUGACAGAAAGUUUUUGGUUUGCUGAAACUUUGAAAUACUUAUACUUGUUGUUCGAUGAUACAAGGCAAUUAAUAGAUUUGGAUAGAUGGGUAUUCAAUUCUGAAGGACAUCCAUUACCCAUAUACGAAUCAUAAUCAAGUUUGGUCACAAAAUUUCAUGUAUAAAUUUGCACCAUUAGAGAAAUCUUAAAUACCUUUUGAGGCCAGUGAAUAGAUAUCCUGAUGUCAUACACAGAUAAGAAAUUAGUCGAAUUAAUGUACUUUAAAAUACGAAAUAGAUUUUCACUUUAGGCUACAGAAUCUUCUAGGAAUAGUUCUUAAACAUUACAUUUUCAUAAAAGCAUUUUUUGUCCGUUAGUCACAGAACUUAUGCAUCUGCUAGUGAUUAACUGUUUCUACUCAAUUUUUUACUGAUUUCCCAAUUCAAAGGUGUAUUUUCGAAUUGAUCGUUAUAAUCUAUUUCAUGACAAGUAACUUAAUAAAAACAAUACAGAACAUAUUCCAGAUCACACUUUUGAUAGUGUAUAAGAAUUGUUGAGUACAAUAUUUAAAAAAAAAAGUUGAAAAUAAUUGUUCUCUUACCUAGCCUGAUAUACCAAAUCCUUCUCUUUUUAAGACAAAUAGAAUUACUUCAUAUAUUUACAGAAUCAUUUAACUACAACAUAAUAAUACAAAUCAUCUACAUUAUUUAGUUAAAAAAAAGACAGAAAACUCUGUAAUUGAACUCUCUAAUUGAACACAAAUUUUUAAAGUGAUACAACCUUCACAUAAGAAAAGUUACUUAUACUUUACUCUUAAAAAUCCUAGUCAAAUUUUUUCUUUCUCCUUCCCUUUUUUUCUUCUUUUUUCUUGUUAACAAAUGUGCAAUAUUCUAUUUUUUGCAUAAUCUAAUAUUUAGUUCUUCUAGUUAAAGUAAUUCAUUCAUAAAUAUGUAUGAUACUUGAAAACAAAGAUUAAUUUAUUACUAAGUGAUAUAAAUUGAUGAUUAGGGCGUUCUAUUACUUUUUAGAAUUUAUUAUAGAAAUAUCUUUAUAAUAAAAUAUUCUAUACGACAUACAUGUAUAUUGUGUACUGAGCAAUUUGAAUUGUAACUAAAGAUUUAUAGUAAUCUCAACUCAUUAUUUUUCAUCAUAAUUUAAGUCUUAUUUAUUGCACAUUUUUUGUAUAAAAUAUUAACAAAAAAUUUUACAUCACUAUUACAGAUAUUAUUGAAAUAAACAAGAGCAAUCAAUAAAUUAAGAUACUAAGAGAUAUAUCAUGAAAAUAUAUCACAAAAAUAUAUAGCUGCUUCAUUUAUAAAAAAGUUAUUGAGAUAGUACUGAACUAUCAACAUUUAGUGAAGAUAUUAAUGUAGAUUUAAUUGCAUAUUAUCAGAAUAAUUAUUUUACAUUAAAGAGAUGAAACUUUCAAUUCUGCUUCUAAAUUACAAAAAAUUACAAAACAUUAUGGGAUAAAAAUUUAAACUAUUCACAUGUAUACAUCUCACAUGAUCUUUGAAUUUAUGUAAAUUAUGUAAACUAAACUGGAUUUGUUAAUGAUUCAUUUUUACUUGUAUAUAGAAUGUUAUACAAAAUGUGGUAUCCUCAAGAAGAAAUCUUUUUAAGAAAAAUAAAGUUUUCAAUUUUUCCAUUUAAAAACUUGAUUCAAUUUUCAGAACCAAGUUAAAAUAUUAUUUUUAGACAUGCAUACUUGUCCAUGCGGUAUAAAAAUUUAGGUAACUUCAAUGUUACUAAGCAUUUGAUAAAAUUAUCAAAAAAUAGUAAUGAACAUAAAUUUUAUCCUUCUAAUACAUAUAUAUAUAUAUAUAUUUGUUUGACGGUCUCAUUCUUCAAGUGUACAUACUUUCGAUUAUGCUGUACAAUUCAAUGUUUGUUCCACUUUACAACAAGCAUAAUUCAUUUCACAGAGAAAAUAUAAAUAGUAGUAACAGUAGUAGUAGUAGUGGUAGUAGUAGUAGUAGUAGUAGUAGUAAUAGUAAUAAAACUAAUUAAGUCAGCUACAUAUGUUACACUAUUGUGGAUUAUUAAAUUGCACUUUGUGUUACUUUUUAUUAUUUAAAUAUGUUCUACUUGCAAGACAAUCGACGAUAUGUAUUCAUAUUUUUAGUAAUGUUUAAAAAAUUUUAAUGCCAUUGAGAAGUAAACUGUAUGAAUAUACAUUUCUUAUUUAAAAUACAAUUAUAUAUAAUUUGUUAAAUAAUUUUACGAUUGCGCUAUAAUCUUUACAAUGAAAUAAUUUCAUUAUAUCUAUGUAUCUUAAUGUUAUAUAUUAAUGAAAUAUAAUUUGUUAUUAUAAAAAGUAGAAUUUGGAAAUUGUAUAAUAGUUAAAUUUCUUACAUUUACUUUUUGUCAAUUACUUAUACAAAUAGCAAGUUUGUAUAAAUGUGAGUUUUGUAAAGCCUUUUGAACUGAUAUUAAUUGUGAGGCCACAGCAGUGCUUUUCAUCUAUACAAUAUCAUUUUGGAAUAUAUUUACAAGAUAUAUUAUUUUUAUUACUUUUUGUUCAAAAUAGUUUGAUCAUAUUGUUUUGGUUUAUACGAUUAUUUUCAAAGUAUAACAGGUGUUAUUAUAAGAAUGUAUCAAAUUUGUUCAUACUCUCUCUUAUUUGUAUAAAUUGCAACUUUUAUGUACAAUUUUCUCCUUAUGUGAUACCUUAAGACUUUAUACUAUUUAUAAAUGUAGAAUAUUAUUUUGUAGAAUAUUGACUUUAUUCAAGUAAA